AUGAACACCUAUGCACUCGUGGCCGCAGCCUUAUCUAAAAUUACGAAUAUGCGAAUAGUCUCGCAUGAUGAAUAUUUAAUGUUAUUACAAAAUGAUAACAAUUCCGACUAUAAUUAUCAAAUCUUUAAUUAUAAUUCACUUCAUAAACAUGAAACAUACUUGGUCAAAAGUACCGACUCUUCCAAUCAUUUCAUCGCUGCGGAGGUCACUUCAUCUGAUGAUGACAUAGUUUCUUCACAUGAUGUUGAAAUUGAUAAUUCCACGAAUAAUUUUUACAUAGAAAAUAUUUUCAUAAAAAAGUUUUUGGGAGGUACCUUAACAAUCAAAGAUCUAAAUGUGAAUUCUACCGUAAGUCAAUUGAAGAAUAAAAUUUAUGAAGCCGAAGGAAUUCCACCGGACGAUCAAUGUUUAAUUAUCGGGAACAUUUUCAUAAAAAAGCUUUCUGGUGAGACCAUAACGUUUAGAAACAUAAACGCGAAUACCUCCGUAAGUCAAUUGAAAAAUGUAAUUUAUAAAACUGAACGAAUCCCAUCGGAGGAACUAUGUUUACGUUACGACAAUAAAACACUUCAAGAUCAUCAAACUUUAAAACAUUACGAAAUCACAAAUGAUACAACAAUUUAUUUGACUUUGCGUAUACAUGGAGGAUCUGUUACAAUUCAUAUCCUUGAUUUUGAUUUCUUGGAUCCUCCUUUCGAUUUCGACUUUACAAAUAUGAAAUGUUCCGGGGAAUCUUAUAUGCGUGGAAAUUACCAGUAUCAUCGACCAUAUGGUUGGAGACGUAUCGCGUUAAAAGUUCUUGAUCAAUUUGAUGACAAUAGUUGGCUCGGGGUAAAUAAGAGGGUAACGAACUUGGAAUCGGUGGAAGGUGAAUGGAUUGUUAGCUACCAUGGUACGACCCAAUUUAAUGCGAACUCAAUCGCAAAGGAUGGAUUUUUAUUGAGCAAAGGAAAAAGAUUCGUUUUUGGUCAUGGAAUUUAUUCUACUCCGAAUAUUGAAGUAGCCGUUACAUAUGCUGAAGAAUUUAAUUAUGAGGGAGAGAAAUAUAGAGUUGUGUUUCAAAAUCGUGUUAAACCCGGUUCCUUUAAGGUAGAAUCAAAUGGAGAAAUUUUUGUUACUGAUAAUGAUAGGUAUAUAAGACCUUAUGGUCUUUGCAUUCAAAAAGUUUAA